CGCAUAUUUGCAUGCUCAGAGUGUCCCGCCAGGUUUGCACGGAAUCACGAUCUCAAGAGGCACCAACGGGGUCAUUUGAGCGUCAGACCGUUUCCGUGCGACUAUUGCGGCAAGAGCUUCAGCAGGAAAGACGCUUUGAAGCGCCACGUCGCCGUCAAG